GGGCAGUAUCCCCAUCACGGUGCGUCACAUCGAGUCUAUGAUCCGCAUGGCGGAGGCCCACGCCAGGAUGCACCUCCGAGACUACGUAGUGGAGGAUGACGUCAACAUGGCCAUCCGAGUCAUGCUGGAGAGCUUCAUCGACACUCAGAAGUUCAGCGUCAUGAGGAGCAUGAGGAAGACGUUUGCCCGUUACCUGGCAUUCAGACGAGACAACAAUGAGUUGCUGCUGUUCAUCCUGAAGCAGCUGGUGUCAGAGCAGGUGGCGUAUCAGAGGAACCGGUACGGAGCACAGCAGGACACCAUCGAGAUCCCAGAGAAAGACCUGGUGGACAAGGCCAGACAGAUCAGCAUCCAGAACCUGUCAGCGUUCUAUGACAGCGAUGCCUUCCGAUCUAACAAGUUCUCUCACGACAUGAAGAAGAAGUUGAUUCUGCAACAGUUUUAAAUCUGUUUCCUGGGUAAAAAAAGACGAGCCUCUGUCUGUGUUCUAAAUUCACCCUUUCCCUAUGUAGUUCACUACUUUUGAAUAGGGCCCAUAGGGGUGUGAUUUUUUUUGGGGGGGGGACACAGCCUGUCUGGAUGUGUAAAUAGUUGUGAAUGUUUGUCAUCCUGUUGUUGGCUAAAAGAAGAGUCCUAAUAGGAUCUAAAUGGCCUGAUUUUAAUGCUAUCGAUGUUACAAUUUGUAUCUGUUAAUGUAUAAGUGUUGUGGACGUAGCCUAUACCUGCAUUCCAAAGAACUUUCUACUUUUACAUCUUGGAACACAGCUUGUGUGUUUUUGUAACAGGCUUUUUGACAUUUAACUGUAUUAAUGUUUCGAAAGUUAUUUAAAAACAUAUAUUUUUUUGAUAAUCUGAUUUCAUGUUAGACUAUCUUCUCGACGCUGAAAUAUGAUGUAAUAUUUUUUCCUUCUGGACCAAUGACUUUCUGAUCACCUUCACGAUUUCCUGUUUUGGUCUGUGACUAGAAUUCUGGGAUCAUGUUUUGAUAAUAAAUUACAUUUGUAGAA